AGUUUUUAAAAUGAGAAGGAAAAGUGUCCUCCCACUUGUUGGCCUCUUCCUUGUUCUUGGUUUCCAGCAUGUAAUCUCAGAAUCUCUUCUCCUAAUGGAUGAUCACGGGGAAUGUGGAUUCUCCAGUGACGAGGAAGAUUUGUGUGCCUCAUAUUGUCAUAGGUCCAUGAAACUCGGUCUAGCUUAUAUAAUUGAGUUGAAGGAAAAAAUCAAAAUACUCGAAGAGAAUCAUUCAGAGAGAGAAAUUAGUCAGCUUAGCAAAGCAGUUGAGAAUUUGCAAAGUAAAAUUGAUCAACAGAAUAUACAGAUAGCUAAUAUUAACGAUUUUAUCACAAACUCAGUUAACAGGCAGAAAGAGGUGGAAGAGAAUGCCAAAUAUCAAACUGAGAUAGACAAUUAUAAGAGACAAGUAAAACAAUUGAAAGAGAAUUUAGAAAAUGUUCAACGUCAAGCAGAAAAAGAUAAGGAAGAAAGCUUAGCUGAACAAAAAACUAUAAAUAGAGAAAAAGAGAAUCUAAAAGAGAACUUAGCGACCCAAAAGUCAGAUUUGGAUAAAGCAAUUAAAGACCUCGAGUCGAAAAAGAAGGAAUUUGAAGAAUAUCAGACUAAGGAAAAGAAUUCCAGCAACAAAAUUGGAGAAUUAAAUUCUAAAAUCUCAUCAUUAAAGAAAACUCUAGAAAAAUCUGAAACUCAGUUAACUGAUGCGAAUCAUUUAGUUGAAAAACAUUCCCUACAACUAAACCAAACUAAGGAAUAUUUAAUCGAGUGUCGGGGAAAACUACCAAAACCCAAUUGCAAAAACCUCUCUUCGGGAAUUCAUCAAAUUGAGAUUCCGGGGAUUGAUCCGAUUUCUGCUCUCUGCGAGGGAGAUAUAGAAGGUGGUGGGUGGAUAGUCAUUCAUAAACGAUUUGAUGGCAGCGUUGACUUUGAUAGAACUUGGACUGAGUAUCGUGAUGGGUUCGGAAAUAAGAAGGGAGAAUUUUUUAUUGGUCUGGAGAAUUUGCAUCGUAUUACCCAUUCCCAAACCUAUGAACUUUAUGUGCAAUUGGGAUUUCACAAUGGAACUUUCCAAUUUGACAGUUAUGAUAAUUUUAAAAUUGGCAACGAAACUGCAAAAUAUAAGUUGGAGUCGUUGGGAGAGUUUAAAGGAACAACUAACGAAGUUAUGAAGCACAAUUUAAAUCAAGCAUUUUCCAGUUUUGAUCAAGAUAAUGAUCAAUGGAAUAGUAAUUGUGCUCAAUGGUAUGGAGCCUGGUGGCAUAAAGAUUGUGGCUCAGUCUCCCUCAACGGAAAAUAUUUCAAUAGAGAAGUCAAUGAUUGUUUAAGUAUGAGCUGGUCGUGGUGUAUUUCUCUCAAAUCUGUCCAGAUGCUCAUCCGACCAAAAUAAAGAUGGACUUCAUCGUAAAAUCAAGGAAAAUCUAAAAUCUAAAUCUAAACUAUGCAACCAAAAAAAAAUUGAUAUUUCAGCAACAAAACAAAUAAUUUUCAAACAAAACUUCUGGACCGACCCAAUCUUGAGUGGACAAUUUCCGUUUUCUGUUUUGUAUCAUUGUUAGAUGACAUUCGCUGUCUGCCUAAAAGAAUGUUUACAAUUUCCUAUAAUGAUAUAAAAAUAUAAAAAAAAUCAAUCAAAAUAAAA